AUGGACAAUUCCUCGUUAUCCUGGGCUAUGCCUGUCGCUCUCCGUCCCCACGUUCCCUCUACUGACAAAAGUCAUGAGAUUAUCCCUUCGUACCGCUUCCUGGCAUACUUUAUUACUUUGGCCGUCUCUAUUUGCAGUUUUAUUGCGGUCGCAAAACUGAAGCCAUGGCUUAAAGUCGCACGCUCCCAGGAACUCCACGAAAGGCCGUUGUGGUACCCUCACAAAGAUCCCAUUCUCGGCCUCGACAUCUUGUUUGCCAUGGCCAGAGCAGUUUACAGCCAUAGGUUCCUUGAAGUAACGGCAGAACUCAUUUCCCAUUUUGGCGGAACAGUCACCUACCUUAGUCUCGGGCGACAGGGUGUAUAUACUAUCGACCCAGCUAAUCUGUACGCCAUGCUUUCCGAUCGAACUCGAUUUCAUGAUUUUGGCCUUGGAGCUACACGGAAAAAUAGUUUGCAACCACUCUUUGGUAAUGGGGUUUUCAACUCGGAUGGUCCAGUUUGGCAGCACCACCGCAGUACAUUGCGACCUAUUCUAGCUCGGGUUACGACGGCCGAAAUUGAUAUAUUUGAGAUUCAUCUGCAAAAGCUGAUCAAAUCUGUGCCCGCAGAUGGUAGUACGGUUGACCUUCAGCAGGUGUUCAAUGCUCUGGCCCUGGAUAUUUCAACACACCUUUUCAUGGGGACAUCGACAAACACAAUUCACUCUCUUAGUGACAAAAUAUCCCCUAUCUCGAUAGGGCAAAAUUUUGCUGCAGCAUUUGAGCAUUGUCAACGCGCUGUGUCUGGAAUUGAUGAUUUCAGUUUGUCGGGGCUUUGUUGGAGAAUUCUAUUUGGUGAUAGAAAAUUGAAAAGGUCUCUUCAGAAAAUACAUUCCUUUAUCGAUGAAAGCAUUGAGCAAGCGAGUCAAUGCUUUGAAGAGCAAUCCAAAAUGUCGCCAGCCGGUGUUAACGAAAGCCAAACUGUCUUCGACAAACUUCUUUGCCAAGGAAGAUCUAAAGAAGAUAUCAAAUACGAUAUUCUAAAUCUCCUCUCUGCCGGAAAAGAUAGUAUUGCUUCCUUUCUUUCGUCAACAUGGUACGUUAUUUGCCAACGACCGGAUGUGUGUGACAAUCUUCGUGCGGAAAUCGGUGGUCUCAAGGGGCAGCGCCCGACGCUUGAGGGUUUGUUCAAGCUUCCAUACCUUCGUAUGGUCCUUCAAGAAGUACUGCGACUUUAUCCCCCCGUUGCAGCCAACCAGCGAACGGCUGAGGUCGACACAAUUCUGCCUCGUGGCGGGGGAGCCGAUGGAAAAUCGCCACUGCAUGUACCACGCGGCGCAUCCGUGGGGUACUCGGUUUAUGCGAUGCAUAGACUUGAAGAAUUCUUCGGAGAAGACGCUAGUGAAUUCCGACCCGAGAGGUGGUUGGAGAUCAAGCCAAAGGCGGCCUAUAUGCCAUUCCAUGCGGGCCCUCGUACUUGCUUAGGGCAACAUCUCUCAUUGUGUCUUGUGAAAUAUGCCACAAUUAGACUAUUGCAGUAUUACGAAGGUGUGGAGAACAGGAAUGUGGAGCCGUGGCAAGAAAGGCUAGGACUUAGUUGUAGUUCGCGGCACGGAGUCAAAGUUGGACUUGCUGCGUACACUCCAGCUCGAUGA